AUGCGCGAGUACGCACGCGGCUCAGUACCCGCCCAGGAUCUCAGGGCAGGCCAUACAGUCAGUCCAUACAUCAGGUCCCGACCGAGUAGCCGAACUACAGAACCAAGCAGUCAGAGUGCGCCGGACAGUGACGAUAUCCAACAUGAGGCAGUCAACAAGCAGGGGGGAGCGCUCGUCAGAGGCAACAUCGGGGACGCAACAUUCCAAGUGCCUCCUGGUCCGGAAUCAACGGUCGCUGGGGAUACCAACGAGUAUCCGCUCCAGAGCGAGGUCGCGCGCGCAGUUCAGAUGGCCAGAGCGGAGGUCGCAACAGUGCGCCGUGACCGCUGCGAGUUCUCUCGCAGCGAGGAUGCAGGAUCCAGUCGCAGGAUCGGGUCCCACGCGUCCAACCGUCAGUCCAAAAGUCCAUCAGUCCAACAGUCAGUCAACCGUCAGUCCACAGUCAGUCCAUCAGUCAAUUCCACAGUCAGUCCAUCAGUCAGUCCUCACAGUAAGUCCAACAGCAGUCCCAACCGUCAGUCCAUCAGUCAUCCCAUCUGUCAGUCCAACAGUCAGUCCAUCAAUCAUUCCAUCAGACAGUCCGAUCAAAUCAGGUCCCCAAGAUCGCAACAGGAUGCAGAGGUCCAACAGUCGAAGUCCAACGCCAUCGAGGGUGGCCGCGAGACGCGGUCCGUCCAAAAGUGGUGCGAGAUGAUCCUCUGCGGUCAGUCGUGUAACCUGCAGUCCAAGCGAGUCGCGUCGCACUCCGGACAGAUCCUCCUCUUAGAGUCCAGACGGAGUCGUCUAGACCAGAGGGCUGGGACCUAG